CAGGACGCUCAGGGUUAGCCUGGCUGUCCUGCUAGGGGAAGAGGGCCUCAAGCAGAAAUUCUGGAGCUUCCAUCAGCAGAGGCAUGGGUGUGUUUGUUAUGCUGCUAGUGCCAGCAGCGAUUCAUUGGGUUUGUGCCUGGCUAAAAAACAACCUUUCUUUUACGACUGUUAUCAUUUCUAGCUAAACAAAUACCAUUCCUCUCAUUUCCUCUUCCUCUAAACUAAUUAAACUCAUCUUCUUUAUUUGUUUGCUUGUAAGGACUCCGUUUUACAAGCCAAGAUUUUAGCAGUUAUUUCUGUCUGGCUUUCCCUGAAAAUUGUAUUCCAUUUGGUCUGGGAGCUGUGACCCCUUGAAGUGCUCAGAGCCUCAUGAAAAACCCAUAAACUGACAUGCAUUUUGGGGAAGCAGCUCUAUCCCUCUCAUGAUGAUUCCUCAGAUGGGAGCAAAUAGAUGCUUUCAGCUCCAAACUAGAUCAGGCACUGGGAAUGAGAUGCUUGGAAAGUGCCUUCUGGGCACAGACUGGUAGGGAAAGCAACCCUUAUGCACAGAACUAGAGUAGAAAAGGCCUCAGCCCUGCAGGCAGAUUCUCACAUCACCCAAUAUGAGCUCCAGAUGGGAUAUCACACUGCCUGAAGGAGAUGGGUUGGAUGCUGGUGCCUUUGAAACAGGCUGCAGAAGUGGAGAGAGCCCUGCAGAGAAGAGUGGCCAUGGUGGGUUCCUCAGUGCUGCUUGCAGGGCCGCUUAACAUCACGCUCAUCCACUCCAUAUGGUGGGAGCACCUCAAUGGCACUGCUUCCCACACCAUCCUGCAGUAUGAGAGGCACAACCUGACCAUCCAUAUGCCAUACAUUGCACGAGCCCAUCUGCAUGCGUCCAAUGGAUCUCUCCUCCUGGAGGACCUCCAGGAAAGCGACAGUGGCAUCUACAGAGUGACUGUCAACCAAGCAGAAAGGGAGAGCUUGUCAGUCUUGCUGGAUGUCCUCAAGCCCGUGUCUCACCCUCAGCUCUGGAGCAGUGGCCUGGUGGCCAAGGCAAGUGGUGAGGUACUGUGUGAGGUAGCAGAGGGCAGGGCAGACGUCUUCACCUGGAAGAAGGAUGGGCAGAUGCUUCCCCCGGACAGAAGUUACCACCUCUCUGGAAGCCUCAGUGUUUUGCCACUGAGGAUGGUAAAGAAAUCGGACUGUGGCUGCUAUUCCUGCAAUGCCAGCAAUGGGAUAAGUUGGCAGGAGACCUCCCUGAACGUCACUGUUGCAGGUCUCUCCCCUCCCUUGCAGGAUGUGCUGAGGAUUUCAGUGGUUGCUCUGGUCUUUGCUGCUGUCUCAGGAUGGGGCAUAAUUUUUCCUGUCUGCCAGUCUGAAAAGCUAAGAAUAAGGGGAGAGCUGUGGAGGUGGCUCAGUGCCUACACCUGUGGGCUGGUGUGCAUCUCCUCCAUCCUGGCUGGCACUGCUGGGCUCCUCUGGAUGAGAGAAGAAGGCCCAUCCAUUGCUGUCAUACUGCCAGAGAUUUUCCUUCUGUACGUGAUCGUGAUCACCUUCUUAGUGGCCUCCACAGUGACAUUCCAGCCUACGAAGCUCAUCCGGCUCCAAAGCACAGCAGCACAGCGCACGAUGGGCUACGCUGCUCCAGGAGGGGUGCUCCUGGUGGUGCUGACAAGCAGCUUCCACAUGAAGAACAUCCACCGGCGCCAUGAAGAAGGCUGCGCGGCGUUCAUGGACGUCACCACCCUUGUGGUCAGCACAGCAGCAGUGUUGGCCCUGCCGAUCCUUGCCAUCUUCCUCUGCUAUCACACAACACAGGGGUGGCUGCAGAAACGUGACUCCAAUUGUGCAGACAUGGAAAGGUCCUUUGAGAUGUCCCUGCCCAUCAGCAAGGAUCCUGAUUUAACCUGCUAGACACUGGGGAUGUUUCCUGUGUGGCUGGCUCAACAUGUUAAUGGAUCUCAGUUUCAUAGGUCUGAGACUAUGAUAUUGGCGAUAUAAAGCAAUGAAAUUAAUCAUUUUUUGUCUUUUUCUUUAACACAGAACUAGGGGUUUCUGAUGCACAUUUUUCCAUUUAUUUUCCACUUUAAAACCAGGCUCUGAGUUAGAGAAAUGCCUUUAAAACAAGUUACAAGUGUAUCCGUUGCUAGUUUAUGACAUUAAUGAGGCUGUGUAUGUUUCUGAGUGUGUGUAGGUAACCAGCCAUGUCCACCCCAGCCUUUUCCUGCUGCCACACAAGGCCGUGCUUGAUGCUUCCUCUCCACAUGCAGAUGACAUCAGGAUGAUUUGCACGUUUGCUCCCUGUGCACUUCCUGAAGACCUGUGCAAAUGGCAGCAUCCAUGCCUGUGGAGACCUUCAUGUGCUUUAAAACUAUUUGUUUAAAUGCAAAUCCCUCUGUAGGAGCGCUGUGCUUGUCACUGGCUGUUGACAAUGGCUCCUCUGCUCUCUGCUGGGUUUUUCUGCACAGGAAGGAAAAGAUGAGGUGUUUCGGGGUGUGGUGUGUAGGCCAAGAUAUGAGUGUUGCUUGCACAGAGGAUUUCCUGCCUCCACAGCAGUGUGGGGAGGGCAUUCUCUGCUGGACGAGACUGGAUCUGUUUCAGGGGUGAGGGUUAAGAAUUCAUUCCUUUCUGCAACUUUUAAAAUCCUCUCCUUCAGUUCACCCCAAGCAGCAGUAGUUGAGUGCUCGCAGUUCUGCAUGUGGGAUCCUCGGGGCUGGCCCAAGGGGAAGCAAACGCAAAUCAAACCCAUGAUGGGAUUUUGCUGCCCUUUGUAAGGGAAGUAAUCUCCCUGCAACAGCAAACUCUGACUGGUUACAGAUGGCAGUACCUCCUCUGAGGGGCAUAGGCCAUGUUUGUCUAUUUGCCCACCUUCUGUCACGGUUUCCUGUUGCCCUGAUACUGUGGGUACGUGAAAUUAUCUAUUGACUUUUUGUCUUUGCUUAGCAGACUGGUUUCUCUGCAAUGCCAUUAAGCUUUUAAAAAAAAAAAAAAAAAAAAAAAAAGUUAUUUAUUCUAGCAGGCUGAGGUAGGCAGUGGGAUGCAAUGAUCAGACCAUGGAGGGAGAUGCUUGUCCCAGCACAGAGUGUCUCACUGUGGCACUGUUCCUCCCUAGAGGCAGCUCUUUGUAUUUCCCUUUGCUGAGCCCCACGAGGUCCCUCAGCCCACUUAGUUCCACCCUGGAUGCCAGUAUCAUCAUUGGUGCCACCCAUCCCAGUGUGGUGGCACUGCUGAAGAUGCUGAGCCCUGGCACAUAGUGCCAGCAGGAUGCAGUGCUGCUACCCAUGACUAAGCUGCUCUGCUGGUUGCCUGCCCAAUGCAACGUUGACAAGAAGGACAGAGAAGGUAGCAGGCAUAGCAGCUUUCAGGAUCUCUAGCAGGGACCUCGAAGAGACCUUUUGCCAGCAUUGAUUUGAAGAAGUAAUAGCACAAAAUAUUCUGUUAAUAUAUCCUUACAAGCAUAGCUGCUGAAUUGUUGUAUAAUACAAGUAGUGCUUGCCUGCAACACCAUAGUAACCUUUACAUGCUAUGGGUGAUAAUUGUGAUGUAGCACUGAGAAUGGGGAGGCACCUCCUAAGAGUGUUCUGUUUUAACAUGAUAGAAGUUAUAACAACAUAGUCAAACUUGCUAAUGUUUGUUGAUGGAUACCCCUGCCCUGCAAUCUGUUUAGGUAACAGAAAGAGCUGUGUCUCUGAAUCAAGGAGAUAAGGAAGUUCUGCUGAGGCUGGGUACCAAGAAAAUAGGGGGUCCUGCUUGGAAUGGAUCACUGAAUAUGUAACAUGCUCCUGGGAAAACUUCUGCUUAGACAACAGAAGUUAUGUAUAUAAACAGAAUAUCUUUUGUGUAAGGUAUGCAUGAUGGGAGGAUUGCCCCAUAUUUCCCCAGUGCUGCCCAUGAGAAUAAAUACCUUCUUAAAGGUAAUAAAAUU